AACAUUUGCAGACGGCCGACGGACGAAACCCACGGACGGCGUUUAAUAUAUUUAUAGAUUUUUAUAUAUAAGAUAUAUAAAAAGCUCUCCCUUCCGCCCUCGGGCAGCACCUCAUUGCCUGGCUCUUCCUCUUCCACCGGGACAGGCCAUAGCAGCGCAGUUUAAAUUCACGACAAAAUCAUAUGGCAAUGGCUCUCAACGAUUCUGUUUCGGCGAAUGCUCUGACGCUUGAUUCGUUAAGAGAUUCUUUGGUCAGACAAGAAGACACUAUCAUCUUCGCUCUGAUUGAGCGGGCCCGGUUCCCUAUCAAUUCUCCGGCCUACAAUCAUUCUUACGCUAAGUUUCCUGGGCAUUCUGGUUCCUUGGUUCAGUUUGUUGUUAGGGAAACCGAGGCCCUCCUAGCGAAGGCUGGUAAAUUUACAAACCCUGAAGAACAUCCUUUUUUCCCUACUGACUUACCGCCAUCCGAAGCGCCACCUUACAACUAUACAAAGGUUUUGCACCCAGCAGCUGCUUCCAUUAACAUAAAUAAGUCCAUAUGGAAAAUGUAUUUCGAUGAAUUGCUUGCUUUGUUUGCUACCCCUGGUGAUGAUGGCAAUUAUGCAUCAACUGCUGCAAGCGACCUCGUGUGCUUACAGGCCCUCUCCAGAAGAAUUCAUUAUGGAAAGUUUGUAGCUGAGGCGAAAUUCAGAGAAUCCCCUCGAGAAUAUGAGCCAGCAAUUCGCUCUCAGGACAGAGAUGCUUUGAUGAAACUGCUGACAGUUGAGAGUGUGGAGGAGAUGGUAAAAAAGAGAGUUGCCAAGAAGGCUAUGGUGUUUGGACAAGAAGUUACAUUGGACAAUAACAACGCAAAAAAGGGGAAGUACAAGGUUGACCCGUCUGUUGUUUCUCGCCUUUAUGCGGAGUGGGUAAUGCCGCUCAACAAGCUUGUCCAAGUUGAGUAUCUCCUGCGCCGCCUUGAUUGAAGCCUAUUUCCCAUGUAUCAUUUUCUGCUAUUUCAAGGCCGACAUCAUUCCAUAAACUAGCGAAUUAAUCUACAUUUAUAUUUAAUAAAAUGUAUUCAAUGAGUAGACUUACA